CGUGGGAAAAUGGCCCACGCCCAGAUCUCCAUGUACCUGCCCCCCGACGUCAACCCCACCCAGGCUGCCACUGCCUACGGCUGCCGGGCACUGCCCAAGCUGAAUGAGGAGCUACAGUCGGAGGACCUGCUGACGAGGCAGAAAGCCCUCGUGGCUCUGUGUGACCUCAUGCACGACCCCGAGCAUGUCUACACAGCCAUCAGCAUAGGCUGCCUGGAGAGCCUGAAAGCUUUGCUGAAGGACACCAACGACCUGGUACGCGUGAAGACCACCGAGGCACUCUACAUCAUGGCCACCCACAACGUGGGCAGAGACGGCUUUCUGGAGCACGACGUCAUCCGCGCCCUGUCCUUCCUGCUGGACGACCCCCAGUCGGCCUGCCGGGAGAACCUGCACCUGGCAUUCAAGCACCUGGCCCUGCUGCCUGCAGGUAGGCUCGCCGUGGGCGCUCGGGCCGCCCUCGGCCUCCUCGCCCGGGCCUCCCCGGACGAGGCGUCGUGGGGCUGGAGAUCACAAUUGUUCCCCAGCCGGGAAAGCCUGUCGUGCUCCCUCGCCGCAGCCUGGCCAAGUGCGAGCCGUGUGGCUGUCCCUGUCCUGUGGCUCUGCCGUCCCCGAGGCUGGGAGAGGGGCGUCUUCUCUCUGCCCAGCGCCGCCUCCGUCUCCUCGCCCGCCGGGUGCCUCCCGGGAGCUUGA